GGAAGACGACCCGGGAGAGCGCUUCGAGGUGCGGCUGCCCGACGACCUGAGACGCGUCCUCGCGCUCAGCCCGCCGCCACACGCCGCGCCCGAGGCGGAAGGCGGAGGGAAGCUCGUGGACGGCCUCCUGUACGGGCGGCGCGCGCACUACGACGCGAGCCGCGGGGGCGAGGUGUGGGGCGCCGGCGAGUUCAGCAGCGGGUGCGAGGACGGGGUGGUGCUGGCGGGAGCCAAGGGCGAGGAGGGCGAGGAGGAGUGGGAGGGCGAGCCGGUGCCGUGGGAGGUUGCGGAGAUGUAGACGACGAUUGGCCGCGCAUUAAGCUUUAGAGCUCCGUAGCGUCUCGAAUAUUACAUGCCCGUACGUGCGGGGAUAAUGUCGCUUGGAGGCACACCCGGCACGUGGUCCGGCGAUGCAGACGCCACAUGCGACUUGCGUGCUGCCCUCCACGCGCCCAAUGUCUCCAACCUUGCGCCGCAAGCAUGUCGCAGCGGGACAAGGAUGGAAAAAACAGAGACAAGUGUCCCAUCCACCGCCGAGCCGAAGACGGCAAAACAGAGACAACAGUCGCAUCCCCCGCCUCGCCGUUCACGCAUGCCGCCGACCCCUGCGGGCCCCCUGCCUCGCACACUUCAUGUCCCGCCGCCUUGCGUCCGGGGGACUCCAGCUGCACCAGCUGCACCGCCUCCACUGCACAGCCUGGCUGCGAGAUGAGAUAGCAGGCGCAUCAGACGUGCUCGCACCCAUGUCUUGUUCGACGUUAUAUCUACCAGCAGGGCCCUUGUGUGGGCACUCACUUUCCAUAGGUCUCGCGACUGCUCCGCACAGCCGCUUUCAACUCUUUCACAACCCUCGAGAUAUCGCGCUCUAGUCGCAGAUACCAGGUGCGUACAGGGUCGCUUGCAGAUCGUAUCGUCCCUCUAACCUGGCGUGCAAUUCCAGGUCGUGUGCUUACCUGCCGUCCGUCUCGUGCCUCCUCUCCCUCCAUAAGCCCCGUCAUCCCUCUCCAGCUCUCCCACCAUCUCGCCACUCGCACCUCCUUCAUACAGCGCCUCACCUUCCAAUAAGUAGCCCUCAAGUGGACCACUGCGAGAGACCGCCAUGACUUCGUCUUCACCCACCCCCAGCCUGCAGCGCCGCAGCUCGCUCAAGGACUACUUCGCCAACGGGGUCCCGCGCCUCCCCAGCCUCCGCUCCCGCCGCUCCAACGCUUCCAUCACCUCCGUCAACGCCCUCGCACACGGCAAGGACCUCUCCACGUCCUCGUCCGGCUCCAAGCACGCCCCGUACGCCGUCCACCAGCAGAACAUGGCCCCGAUCAUCCUCCGCGACGCCGACGCCACGGCAAAGCUCCUCGAGACCAUCUUGGUGUCCCAGGGAGGAAAGAGGAGCCUCGCGAGACUUGCGAGGACGUGCAAGGCCUUCAAGGAACCCGCCCUCGACGUGCUGUGGAGGGACCUCGAUAGCUUCGUCCCGCUCGUGACGCUCUUCCCGGCCACGUUGCUCAAGCGUGCGCGGAGGCCGGCCCUCGGAUUCGUACGUCACACUUUCUUCUUCUUCUUCUUCUGCUUCUUCCUGCCGAGUGUUCACCAGAGCUGCUGCGACGCCGACUGGGACAAGGCCCUCGCCUACGGCGAACGCGUCAAGAACAUCCAGUUCGUCGAAGCCUUCAACGCCUUCUCGCAGUCCAUCUUCCCCGUGCUCGCGACCUGCCCGCGCGAGCACCUCCUCCCGAACCUCACCGCGCUCACCUGGAAGGCCGAGUCGGCCCCGGGCCUGAACUACCUCCGGCCGUACCUCGCCCCGCCGCUGCGGAGCUUCACGCUCGAGAUGGGCGUGCGCGCGCCCAAGAUCAACGACCUGCUCGACGAGGUGAUGGCCAAGACGCAGCUCUCCCAGUUCUCGUUCACGCUGCACAGCAACCUGCCCGAGUCCUUCGUCGACACCGUGCGCCCGGCGGCGCGGCUCGAGAAGCUCGCGCUGCUCGCUCCCGGCGCGCUCGCCGCGCGCGUCGGCAUGUGGGCGAGCUCGCUCCCGCUCCUGCGCAGCCUCGCGCUCGACCUGAGCAACCAGAGCCUGCGCGCCGUCGACGGCUUCUUCCACGACGUCGCGCCGCAGCCCGGCAGCGGCUACAGCACGCCGAGCAGCCUCGGCCACGACUCGGGCGUCUUCUCGGGCGACGACGACCUGAACGUCGUCGACUUCAGCGACGUCCGCCGCAGCAUCGUGCGCCUCACGAGCGACGGCCCCGCGCGGCACACCGCCACCACGGGCGCGUUCGCGCAGCUGACGGCGCUCAGCCUCGCGGGCGAGGCGGGCACGCUCGCCGCGUUCCUGCGCCACCUCGGCAGCCCGCUCGCGCAGCUCGAGCUCGCGGUCGAGGACCCGCCGCCGCGCGAGGACUGGCGGGACCUGUGCGCGCUGCUGGGGACCCACUUCGGGCAGACGCUCCAGACGCUCAAGGUCGCGGCGACGAGCACGGCGCGGUUCAACGAGCUCGUGCGGUCGACGUCGCGCGCGGGCGACGUCGCCCUGCAGCGCCUGCCGCUCGUGCACCUCGGCCGGCUCCCGCACCUGCACCGGCUCGAGAUCGAGCUCGCAGAGAGCGCCGUGUUCCACAACGAGGACGUCGCGCACCUCGCGCGGGCGUGCCCGAACCUCGAGGUCGCGCGGCUCUGCGGCCAGGCGCGCUUCCCGCCCGCGGCGGGCCCGCCGCCGCUCACGCUCGAGGGCCUCAUCCCGCUCACGAGCGCGUGCGCGCGCCUGCACACGCUCGCCGUCGUCGUGCACGCGGCGGACGCGGCGGACGCGACGUUCCGCGUGCGCGAACACUCGUCGCGCGCGCUCAUGCGGCUCAACGUCGGGCACUCGUGGGUCCGCGACCCGCUCGCGGCCGCGGUCCUCCUCAGCCACGUCGCGCCGCACCUCGAGAUCCUCCGCUGGUUCGCGCCCGCGACGCGCUCCGGGUCCGUCGAGCGCCACGCGGAGGCGUGGCAGAAGGUGCAGGACUGCCUGCCGCAGCUCCAGCGCAUGCGGCUCAUCGAACGCAGUCUCGUGCCGAGGCCUGUCGUGGCCGAGCCGCCGAGGAAGGCGGACAAGGAGGUGGAUGCGACGCCGGUGACCGUGCAGAGGGGCGUGCUGGUGCGGCCGGUGUAUGUCGACAGUGAGAUGCAAGUCGAGGUGCCGGAGAGGGUGGAGAUGGAGGUGCAGGCCCUACCAGAGACGUCAGAAGAAGAAGUCGACGCGACGCCAGUCCUGAUGGACGCAGAGGUCGAUGCUGUUCCGCAGGUUUUGGAACAAGCCAUCGAAGCUGCACCAGAGGUCGACGAAAAGGCGAUCGAUACGUCGGUCAGGCCCCAGGUCGGUGCGGAAGAGCAGAUCGUCAGCCCGACAGAGAGCUCAGUCUCAACACACUCGAGCAUAAUGACAGCGUUCGUCCCGUCGGUUCAUGGGAUCGUCACGCUACCGUUCCGCGCGGUGCGGGUCUACACCUACUACCUUUCGCUGCCGCUGCGCUAUAUGUUUUCCUUUACUUCACCGCUUAUGCCCUCCCUCGCGAACUAUGCUGCAAACAUGCAAAACGAGCCGAAGAGCCCAUCGGAAAGCUCAGACUCGCCACAGUCUAUGGAACCCAUGAGCCCUUCUUUUACCUCACACGAAAACACUAACGGAAACGCCUCUACGCGCUCAAUUGUUGGUCACUGAUCCCCUCUUCGCCGUCGCAUACAUAUACUUAUUUACUGUCUUGGUGCUGGACACUGCUAUCGUAGGACGUUAGGCCUAAUACCAUGCGCAUUUCCUCUCUUUUGCGUGAGCCUAAAGUUGAAGCGCCGAGUCUCCGAGUCGAAAGCGCGCAACGCCAACUUGCACGCCUGCCUAACUGGGGCGAGGCCGUGGCCAAAGAGGCGCCCGAGGACGCAUUGCGCGCGACGCGUCAGUCAGUGCUGCCACUGUUCGAGCCACGCUCGCACUCGUCUUUCGCCUCCACCUGGUUUACUCGGCCGAUCCAGUUCAGAAGAUACGACAUGGCUGACCCCAAGAAACAGGAGAAAGAUUUCACAAAGGAGGUCGACGCCAUCGUCCCAGAGGCCCAGAGCAUCGCCAAGGUGUGUGCCGCCCUUU